AUGCGCCGGCUCAGGCUUCCAGCACUCUCGUUCUGUGUGCUUGUUAUUCUCUGUUUGUUCUCUCUGGCAGCCCACGCUCAGGACUGCAGUGCACUCAGCCCAUGUGCCACCGGUUGUUGCAACAAAUUUGGCUAUUGCGGAGUGGGCGACGACUAUUGUGGUACUGAUUGUGUCGCCAAUUGCGAUUACCGCUCUGAGUGCGAUGCUUCCAGACCUUGUGCAACAGGUUGUUGCAGCAAAUAUGGAAACUGUGGCCUAGGGCCCGACUUCUGUGCGGAAGAUGUAUGCGUUGCCGGCUGCGAUAGCAGAGCUGAGUGUGAUCCGGGUGACUACGGAGACUAUGCGGAUAGCCCUAAGUGCCCUCUAAACGUCUGUUGCUCCAAAUUCGGGUUUUGCGGGACAACAAAAGAAUUCUGCGGCACCAAGAAAGUCACUCGUCCUUCGUGCUCCAAGUCAAAUGGCCUUGAACGUGUAGUGGGCUAUUAUGAGGGUUGGAGCAUGAACAGACCUUGCAAUGCAUUCUACCCGGAACAGAUUCCCAUUGGAGUCUAUACACACCUAAACUAUGCUUUUGCCUCCAUUGAUCCGGAGACCUUUGAAGUGCUUGUCCCUAGCGUUUACGAAAAGGAUCUCAUGCAGCGUCUGACGUUACUGAAAAAGUCAGAUCCUGAUUUGAAGGUCUUCGUGGCGGUUGGCGGCUGGUCGUUUAAUGACCCUGGCCCUACUGCCACAGUGUUUUCGGAUAUUGCAGGCUCGGAAGCCAACCAAAAGAAAUUCUUCAGAUCAUUGGUCAGCUUCUUGUCAACAUACGACUUUGAUGGCAUUGACCUGGAUUGGGAAUACCCUGUUGCCGACGAUCGAAGUGGCCGUGAAGAGGACUAUAAGAAUUUCCCAUCCUUUAUCGCCAAUCUUAAAAAGGCGUUGAAAGCUUCGGGUGGUCGAGAUGGACUCAGCAUUACGCUACCAGCUUCGUACUGGUACCUGCAGCACUUUGAUAUUGUCAAGCUACAGAAGAGCGUGGAUUUCUUCAAUAUCAUGUCUUAUGACCUCCACGGAGCUUGGGAUAGCAACAGCAAGUGGCUGGAGCCCCAGCUGAACGCCCACACCAAUUUGACAGAAAUCACAAACGCCCUGGACCUGUUGUGGAGAAAUGAUAUCAGCCCUGAUAAGGUGGUCCUUGGAGUGGCAUUUUACGCCCGAGUUUUCUCUGCCUCAAAUCCGGGGUGCAUGGAACCGGGAUGUACCUUUGUGUCUGGUGGGAACGCUGGAAACUGCAGCAACGAGGUGGGAAUCCUGCUCAAUUCCGAGAUCACUGAGGUUAUGGCCGACCGAAAGGUGAAGUCUACAUUGAACAAAGAAGCUGCCGUGAAGAUUGUCAAGUUUGACACCAAUCAGUGGCUUACGUAUGAUGACGCUGAAACCUUCAAGAUGAAAGCCCAGUUUGCUGCCGGGCAAUGCUUAGGAGGCGUCAUGGUCUGGGCCGUAUCUCAUGAUCUCCCGUAUGGCAAUUUUUCCCGCGCCUUGGGCGAAGCCGCCAACCGAAAAGUCAAGGCAGUGGCUCUUGCUGCCCAUUCAAAUGAUAUGGAGACGCGAAAAGUCCACAGGCAGUGCAAGUGGACAAACUGCUGGCAGAACUGCCCGACAGGCUGGUCUAUAGUUGCACGCAGUGAUGGAGGCGAGCGUGACAACGAGGGCAUGGUGGACAACACAGCAUGCAGUUCUGAGACAGACCAUUUCUUCUGCUGCCCACCCGACUCGCCCCUUCCGACGUGUGGUUGGUAUGGGCACCAUAACGGCAAAUGCGACGGGAGAGACAAAUGUCCGUCUAACAUGGUGGAGGUCGGCUCCAAUAUUCAACACUGCAAAAAUCACAACUACCAAGCGGCCUGCUGCACUUAUGACACUCCAAGUAUGAAGCUUUAUUCGCAAUGCUCCUGGGCUCAAUCCCCUGGCUGUGACAAGGGAACUUGUUCAAACACCCUGGUUGCGAAUUCCAGUUCAGGGAGUGGGGGGGAUUUCUGCUCGUACAGACAUGCCUGGAAAGAUGCGGUGGGAAACUACGCGACCUACCAGGAGAGAAAGUACUGCUGCGACCAGGAGGAGGACAUUAAGUGGGAGGACUGCGAAUGGCACGACAAUUAUGGUCUGAUCUAUGUACCAGUGGGUGGCUUGGUCGACGGAUACUGUACAAGUAAUUGCCCCAAUGAUCAGGUACGCAUAGCCCUAGAGACCCGAAACGGUUGCGAGGGUGGCGGAGGCAGAGUAAAAUGCUGCACGCCCAAGUAUGUCACAACGACGAAACGUUCGUACACCGAUGCCGAGGCCAAUCUGGAGAAAAGUGUGAAGGAGUUCAUGGAGAACCCUAGCUGUGGCAUAGACGACUACACAUUUGAAAAUCGUGAUCUUAUGGGCGAUGACUGGAUCCCUGAGACCAUCACCUCCGAUACCUUCGACAGUAGUCCAUCAUCUCUUUUACGGCGUGCGAGCAGUAAGGACAUGGAAUCCAUGGACGAGCUGCUUUUCCGCCUAGCCUUCGCAGUUGGUCAGGCGUCGCAGGCAGACUUUGAUAUUUGGAAAGACCAUGUCGUCUCUGUCUAUGCCAAUCUUGCCGUUGCGAAAAUUCAGGCCUGGCUGGCUGUGGCUCGAGAUUGGGCGCGCGAGGGAACCUGGAAGGCAAUUGAGCUUAUCACUUGCAACAUGGACUAUUUCAAUGCACUUCUUGGAGAUGAAGAAACCAUCGAUUGUCCAAUAGACAGCCAAAACUGGCCUGACGACGGCGAGGACAACGACGAGAUGUACGGCCUCAAAGCACGCGAUUUGGUCAAGCGUGGAAAUGCUCGGACAUAUAGUCGCAUGAUAGCAAAUGCAGAACGGGUUAUACGGUCAUGGGCUUAUAGGCCAAGAGGUCGGUGGUUUGCAGACCGCCCUAAUGACCCUAUAUUCAGGGCCGCUUACGGGUAUAGGGACCCAGACAACUGCUUUAGUUCCGCGAUUGGAACCAGUCUUAUGACGACACAGAAUAUAGUCAGCAAUGCCAUAGAGCAUAUUCCUGAACUGCAGCUGAUUCCGGAUUUCUUAGAGGAUAGCAACGCUCGAGUGUUGCCCUCUAGGAGAACACCCGGUCCGGAAUAUACAGGGUUAUCAGACGCCUUCAUUGUGAAUGGCUUGAACGAGUCUAUACUGACGAAUCCACCACCCAUGAGAGGGGGCGGGCAGUCCAACCAACCUAUUGCCAGGAUGAUGAAUGCGCUUGGAAGCACAAACAAUGAUGAUGGAUUUGUGCUUCUGGAUACACGGUUAAAUUACGUGAAGACAAGGAUAUGGAUUUCGGAGAAUGCCGUCGAUAAUACAAUAAUGAGAAAAUACGUCGACAAGGGAGACUACAAACGCGCGUUGAACGCCAUGCGAGAGGUUGUUGCAGUGAUAGCCUACAUGAAUCACCCAACAGUCAACAGCAUUUUAGCAAGAGAAUUGAACGAGGUGCGAAUGGAAUUGGGUCGAGCCAAUGAUGCUUGGGUGGCCCGAGGUAACCCUGAUGAGCACGCACAACGAGUAUGGAGCUACUAUGUUAGAGACCACUUCUAUUCCGUGGGCCUUUUUGCACGGAACUACAUCACCACAUGGCAUGGAGAAAUGGUGCGCUUCUGGGGGCCGCGUACAGGAAUAGCCGGGCAAGUAUUGGAAGCCAGUUCAAAUCUGGCUAGGACAAACUUCACCAUCAAUAUGGAUGAUGUAGAUUAG